CACACACCCCCACCACGGGUCACGCGGCGCAUCUCGCCCACAGAAAACAACCGGACAAGAACCCGCCUCCGCCUCCUCCUCCCCCCGCCGCGACCCCACGGGGUUCCGCCGGUUGCUCGCGAGACCCCUCGCAAAGUCACGUCACGCGCACAUUUGUUGCGAGCGACUGUCGUCAUCAUCAUCAUCGCCGCCGCCGUCGUCAUCACAGUCGUCUCCCGCCAUCAUCAGACCUCGUCGGCGUCACGCGUUGGUUGUUUUUGCUGAAGUACGGAGAGGCGCUGCCCGCCCUCUUCCUCCUCCUCCUCCUCGUCGUCGUCGUCCCGAGGGAUCCUUCUUCUGCAGCUCGGCUGACCCUCUUGUGCUAAAUAAAUGAAUCCGUCGGCACCGCCUCCGUACCCGGGUGCUGAACCCUACCCGCCGUACCCUCAGCAGCCGUACCCUCAGCAGCCGUACCCUCAGCCGGCAGGCCCCUACCCAGGUCCUGGAGGACAGCCCCCACCUUACGGAGGCCCAGGCCCAAACCCAUACCCAGCGCCCUACCCUCCUGGUUCCCAGCCGGGCUACGGGCCGGGACAGCCGCAGUACAACUGGCAGCCCGGGGCGCCAGGCUACCCGGGAUACGCUCCGCAGCCACAGCCGCCGGGGCAGUAUGGCGCGCAGCCCAAGCCCGAUACAGUGUACGUGGUGCAGGAGCAGAGACGCAACAACAACAGCAGCACCACCGAGACGUGCCUGACGGCCUGCAUGGCCGCGAUGUGCUGCUGCUGCGUGUGGGACAUGCUCACCUAGGUGUCGCCACUGCUGCGGGCGCCGCCUGUAUAUACACCGACACGCGCACACACGCACACAUGCACACACAUGCGCACACAUGCACACAACAACAACACACGCCCUUCGCCACUAAGUGGCGGUGACGUCACCACGGCGCUUGUGCCAGGCUAUGUGCACAUGCACACGCAUACACAGACACAUGCUGCCCAGACGGAUGUUAUGGGUGUGUUGCCAACAUUGCACCAAAAGUCCUUGUUUGUGUGUGCCGAAAAUCACAGUGCAGUAAAAAUGCACCGUCCUUUCGCGUACGCAUGGGCAGGUGCCACGUCGACAAAAUCGGCGGCCGUCGUUCACGUUGAGGGGGGGGUGGGGCUCUCCGACGUGUGUGCCGCGUGUCGUGCCGAGUGACGUUCGGCGCGACGCCCCGGGGCUGAAGCUCCCCAGCAUGUGGAGCGAAACGUCGGGACAACGUUACCGGACAACACGCGGUACAACCCGGAACCACAUCGGAACAACAUCGCAGAGUGACACAGUAACACAGGCUGGUGGGGGGGUGGGGCGCACGUAGGCGUUUGCGGUCGUGAGCGUUAACACUUAGACGUACGCACACACCCGGCCCUUCCUCGCGUCCAUAAAUACCCGGCACAAGGCCCCCCCCUCCCUCCUCCCGCCGUGUUUUGCCCACGGUGACGAGCGGCCAUGCACCAGCCACCUCGGGCUUGAGUUUCACUCUGGCCACCUGCCAACUCGACUUGCACCUCCCUGCACCCCCCCCCCUUCUCCACUCUCGCCGCUACACCACCGCCCCUCGCCCACUGCAUCUCAUGCUUAGGUGAGGCGAUCGAGCGACAGAGGGGGGACAGCAGGUAUUUUUAUCUCCGGCAGUUGGCGCUCACUCGGGCGAUCUGCUCACGUCGCCGUUUUCCCCCCUAGUGCCUCGUUUUUGUAGAACGUCAUCAGCGAAGGCGACCACGUUGCUUUGGAGAAUUGCGAUUGGUGUACUCUUUUUUUUGGCUUCUGAUUUCCUAAGUUGCAUUUAGGUGCCGAUCCUUACGGUUAAAACACGAUGCGUUUUACUUUUUUCCUGCUGUGGAGGUAGGCAGAUUAUAAGGCGUUGUGAAGAAAAUCAUUGCAUUUUUAAAUAAAUACGAUUGGAAAUUUAAUUGACUAUUUGACACCGUUAAGAAUUGCAGUUCUGACCAUCCCUACAUUAUAGCUACUGGCCUGCAACCCCGAGUCCCUUGAGUGGGAGCUAAAGAGCAAUCCUCGCUGUGUACGGUGCGUACAGUACGUACGGGGUGCUGGUGCGGUUAAACAGCCCGCGUUUCACAAGUCGCGAUGCAACAGCAGCUAAAGGUCAUUUGGUUGUAAAGGAACCUCGAAAUGUAUUUAUACUGCAAUUGGCAGGGCAAGUGAGGAAUAGUCGACGUUGAGCACUCGGUAGCCGUCGCUCUUGCUAAAGUUGAUCUCAUCCACCGGCUCGGGCGGUGAUGCAUCUGAGAUGAUUGUUGGACUUGGCGGCCCCAUCACCCCACAAUGACCUGUAAGCCCCAUUUGAGAGAAUGUAUCACAAGCGUGUCCGAUGCGGAUUGUGGCGUUGAUAAACCGCAGCCUUUGGAGAAGUUGGUGACUGGGAUAGUGGAAUGAUCCUGUCCAUUUCCGGACAAUGUGUGCGUGCGCGUAGGGAACGGUGGCGCAGUGCACUACUAACUGCGCAACCUAAGUUAGAUUCCAGCUCAUGACCAAUAGUGACAGCGAAUAUCUGAUCCGAUCCUGGGCCUCCUCUUGGUAGACUCGGUCUCAAAUGAGUACCUGGUGUGACAUGUAAAAACAUCGCCACUGGGGAGGCAAAGGCGGCCUCGGGCGUGGUGCUGACCACACCACCGUCUCGUAUGCCGUUCUGGCCUUCAUAUGUUGUUGCUGACAGCACUGGGCCCAACUGUCUGUUAAAGGCUUGUGUGUGCAAAUGCCAGCAACUACAUAUUUGUGCGAGCACUGAUUUAGGACUUAAUAAUGGGCAACAGACUGCUAUCCUUCGUUUAUAUACCAACGUGUAAUCUGACUUGGUUUUACUGACUUUGUCGUUAUCAUCCUCCACCACAAGCCCGUGAAUGCCAAAAGUCGUACUCUGCUCUUCCAAUCAGUAUCCCCCUCCGAAACUAUUUAUCUCAAGCAUCCGGCCACCCGAAUCAUAAAGCGCACAAACUUCCCACUGUCACAAUGCAAUUAAGAAAAAAAAAUGUGCAGAGGUUUCGAGCAAAUUUCAAAUAAUGGAGUCAGUCAUUCAGGGACGAAAUGCCUUUUGGGUAGCUGUAGAUAAAUACACCUCGUGUGCACUAACGUUGAUGUUAUCACGUGGAUAUUAUUGGCGUCGUACGUACAGACGCUGAAAUAAAUGCUAAAAUUAUUCAAUAGCUGCCAUGCUUGCAGACAUAGACAUGGCACGCAUGACAUACAUGUGGUUGGUAGGUCAAGCGCUUAAGAUAAAAUUAGUUUAAGCACACGCACGCAUUCGUGGUGACUGUGGUUUCGAGUGGCUGUUAACUAAACCACCGGAGCUUAACAUAAAGCAGAUAGCAUAAAACAUGUCUUUUGUUUCUUUGCAGAAUAUUAAAUUUUAUUUGGCAACCUCAAUUGAAGGAAAUGCAUGUAACUGUGCAUGUACACCACAUAUGCAGCCUAAUACUUGGUGACUCCAAGCACUAAUUAUUUUUAACAUAUUCAACUUAUUUUGAUACAAAUUCAUAUUUGCCAGCUGACAUUAAUUUAAAAAAAGUCUCUUAACAGGUACAAUGUCUCUUAACAUUUACGGAGACUGCAUAUGCAUGUAUCUAUGUACAGACAUUAACCAAAUAAAACCUAACUUCUCAGCUUGCUGGUUUUAUUCACGCACCCCAAUCUAUUUUUGCUUGGCUGCAAAUGGGUUGGUUAAGCUGGGUGGACGGACGGACGAUUGGAUGAAAUGUGACGUGACGGAGUUGUGCCGAUUUCUACAGAGGACGCCCUUAUAUUGUAUUUAAUUGCUGUCGAUAUUAUCGUUAGGCAUAAGUACAUCCUAAAUUUUGAUUUAAAGCUUUCGUGACUGCAGUGAUUCAUAUUCUUGGUUCUUUCGGUAAAGUCACGUUUGAAGGGAAACGUGACUUUACCGAAAGAACCAAGAGUAUAAGUACAUCCUGUUUAGUGUGCUGUUAACGAGGUCUAUGGAAGGACGAUGAAUCUAGCUUUAUAGUAUAGCAAAAUGUAUGUGACGUAUGCUGCUAUUCUUUUGAGAGGGGAGGAAACCCAUUAACGUCGACAAGUGCGACUCUAAUUGUGACACGCAAACUGCUUUGCACACGUGGGCAUUAAAAGUGUAUGCAAGCGGAAAGAGAGUGCAGAAGCUUGCACGCUUCGACCACCAUCCCAGUUAACCUGGGUUUGAGCCUCGUUGCUCAUCCCUUUGGUAGGCUGAGCCAGCCAAGAAUGUGCAUAUCCUGCAGUUUUCAGGCUUAACUGCACCGGAUAGACAAAGGUGGCCAGGUAUGUCACUGCCACUACCACUGCAAUCUUGUGCCACGCUAGCCUCAAUAAUUGAGAACAGCACUUGUCCUGAUAAUUUGAGGCUAACAUGGGCAUCUUUUUUAUGUUAUCAAAUAAAUGAAAAGACCUUCCACUUUGGUAAUUGUAGUGGGUUUUCUCCUGUUCCAUUAAUUGUGCUUUAGGCUGUAAUGAUGAUGUAAGUAAAUAUUGUAGCAUAAAUAUAUUGUUAAAUACUGAUAUCAGGUCCGUAAGGUACUUUUAAAACAUGCAAUACUAUUUUCUCAGCGUGUGCGUUCACUAGUGGACAAUUGUCGACUACAUAAAUCUCACUUUUAUAUAAUAGAUGGUUUGAAAUUGAUAGGUGUUUGAUGUGCGCCUUUGUAUGUAUUCCCGCAUCACGGGUUCCAUUCAAUGUCAUGUGCUGUCUCACCUUUGGAACUGGGAGGCUUUUUUCAAUAAAUUAACUGUUGCCAUUAUAA